ACAGGCAAUACAAUGCGUACAGAUGCCUCGGCGCAUGUGCUACGGCAAGGAGUAGCCUUGUUCUCUCUGACAGGUAGAAUGGCGGGAAACACAUAGCACGUACGUCAGAUGCGUUCGGAAUUGUGUCGUGUCUUUCUCUUCUGCGAGGAAGAGCGUGUCUAAAAUCCGCCACAAAACACGCGGAACGUCGAUGGCACUGUCGGGGAUGCAGAAGCGUUAGCGACAUCGAAAGAGGUGUUGCGGAAUGUGUCACUGCAUUUUGGCUGUGCUUGCCUUUCUCUCAGCCGUGCUCGACCGUCGCACCAGUGCCACCGACGUCGACAUCCGUCCAGUGAUCAUAUACCCACGCAAUAUCACCAUGGGCUACGAUGACUACGUUCGGUACGAGUGCAGGUUUAUCGGCCACGAGCAUAAGGAUAAGAUUUCCGACGUACGGUGGCUGCACAACGACACGUUGAUCGUCAGCGACAAAAGGCGUACUGUAACCGUUUCCUCGGAGGAGGAGGGCUCGGUCACCUACUUGGAAGUGCGAAAUCUGAAAGAAGGUGACAGUGGACCAUACACCUGCACCGCAGACCCGGCACCCAUCGGAACUAUUAAGAUAACAGUCGGGUCAGACACAGUCUACCUAGCGCUUACAGAUUAUAGGGCAGCUCACUGGGGAGAACCAUGCAGAUUCGAGAACGGAACGCAGCCAUGCGUAGACCUCAACACGGACUGCUACCUCGUCACUCCUCCUGCGAGGCUUUCGCCCACCAAGUAUUCUUGCCAAUGCAAGGACGACUACCCCAUAUUUUAUCCCCAGCGAUUCAUGUGUGAUAAAGGUUCAAAACUCGGUGUGACGUGCCACGAACCUCACCAAUGCUCGUGGUUUACUCAAUACGCCGAAUGCGUGGACGGUACCUGCCAGUGCACACAGGGAUACGUGGCGAACGAUGAUUACUCUGAGUGUUUCAAAGCAUCAGAAGUCGGCGAGCCCUGCGCUGGAAACUGGCAGUGCAGACUUAAUGAUUUGAUCUGUAUUGACAGCGUGUGCCAGCGUGAGCUUUUCUUUUCCCUAGAUCCUCCUCCCGUAUCAACGGGGCAAGCAGCUAUCUUGGCGCUUCUGGCUCUCGUCGGCCUCUUCCUUCUCAUUUUCCUGGCCGUCUUAUUGCAUCGUUGUCGGAGGUACGGAAAAGUGAGCAAGACGCAGACACCUUCCAUUUACGUCAUUCCAAUGAACAACAGCGCCACCUGUUGAGGCGUCCCCUGAUUUGCCGCACUCUGCGGAAUCUAGUCACUGCCAAUGACCGCACAGUCAUUGCCUUAAUUUGCACAACGUGCCGAUAUCUGUUCAGUCACAGUACAUAUCACAAAAUUAUCAUGCGAUGCUUGGCUGUUCUUCAUUGUUAAAAUUCAUAAUGGCACCGCUCACGAUCACCAUAUUACAUCGCGAAGUACUUUUCACGUGGUUUUCUGUACUCCAGUCACAAAAUAAAUUAUGUACAACGA